AUGUCGUAUAAACGGUUGGACCAGGCGCCAGAGGAGAUUCCGUUAGAGGACAUCAAGGCAACUGGUGAAGAUGACGAGGUCCUGGAGUUCUCUGACUCGUCUGAGAUGUUUGAUGAGAUCGACCAGUAUAAUGUUAAACAUCGGGUUUCUGAAGAAGGCGACGAUUUCACCGAGAAUCCUGGGUUUCAAAAGGAAAAAGAUCGUUUCUUUGGCUCGGGUAGGGGCCUGAAGAAAGUGCUUGUGGCGAGUUGCGUGGCUGCCGUGGCUAUAUGGCUAAUAGCUCUAAUAGUGUACUCCAACGGUAAGGCCCCAAGGGUGGCUGCCAACAUGUGGCACGGCGCCAAUACGAAUAUUUUGGCAUUAAGCGAUAGAAAUAUUUCGAUGAACGAGUACCUGCCGCAAUUGGCCAGUGUCUCGUUGGCUGAGUACCGCAAGGGUAAGUACUUUGCUGAUGAGAAGGUGGUUCGGUGGCUUCUGAAGACCCAGCAGCCACGUCUGGGCGAUAAGAAUAGCAAUACGGCUGCUGGGUAUUAUCUCACGCGAGUACGUAAGUCGUUUGUUGUUCGCCAGGCAGAAACUGACUAUUCCAAGACCAUUCUAGAUUCCGUGCAGAUCGAGGCCUUCAACAACUUCUUCUACGUUCAAGACCUUCUUCUUAAUCCAGGCGCUUCGGUGGAUGAUAAAGAUACAUGGCACUUGCUCCGAUCAGACUCGACGCCUCAAUGGAGACACCUGCUGUUUGCGUUGUACUGGCUCUGGCACCCAUUGAGUGGGACCCAUAAGCCUGUGAUUCCUUUGAAAACAGAUGGCUCUGAGAGGCAUCUUGAAAAGAUCCAUUUUGCUACGUUCAACCCUUCGGGUGAUUCUGUCAUCUAUGGCUACAACCACGACUUGUACCUUAUAGACCUUAAGUCCAUGGAAACGAAGAGAAUCACUACGACAGGCUCUCCUGAUGUGUUCAACGGGAAGCCUGAUUGGGUGUAUGAGGAAGAAGUGUACCCACACGCUACGAUGUUCUGGUGGUCGCCAGAUCUGAAAAAGCUUGUUUACGCAACCAUCAACGAUACAGAUGUCAGAGGGUAUGACAUGGACUACUAUGUCAAACCUUCUAAUAAAAUUGGAAUGACAUAUCAAAGCCCACCAGACGAGAAGGUUGAUGACGUUAACCAGUAUCCUAUCAGAACCAAUAUCAAGUAUCCCAAACCAGGCACGCCAAAUCCAAUUAUAUCAUUAUCGCUUUAUGAUGUCAAUUCAGGUGAAACCUCCUCAAUUGGUCCUCUUUCUGAUGAAGCUGUGGGCAAAGAUUUCAUCAUCUACGAUGCUCAUUGGAUUAAUUCUAAUGAUUUAUUGGUUAAAGUCACGGACCGUACCAGCACGAUCCUCAGAAAGAAGGUUUAUACCGUUGGAGAUAAACAUGUCACGACUGUUUCUACCACAAACAGUACCGAUUACAAUGGCUGGAUUGAGAAGGCACAGCCGAUUACCGUUCUUGAAAAUGAAAAGGGAAACAAGUAUAUUGACCGGGUGGUGAACGACCUGUAUGUCCACUUGGCUCUUUUUGACCUGGCUUUGGCUAGAGAACCUUCUAAGAUUUUGGGCAAGGUUCGCUCGAAAUCUCCUGUGACAUACAAUGCCGUCGAUGAAGAGCUCUACUUUCUUACUGAGCACAAGAUGGAUGUACAGGUGAAUUGCUACUCUUUGAAAGACGGUAGCACGAAGCUACUCCCCGCUGAUAUUGGAAAGUUUGAUAUUCUGUUCAACCAAGAUGGUCAAUUUGCCAACUUACGGUACCGUGGGCCCCGCGAGCCUUGGCAGAAGCUAAUGAAUCUUGCCGAGUGGUCAGAAAACCCUACAGUUAUCAAUGGUAUCCAACCUAUCAAUGACGGCCAAGCUUUAUCCAAGAGUCUCUCUCUUGUAAACGUGCCGACUAGGGUGCAUAGCCAAGUGAAAGUUGGCCACAAAUCGGAAGAGGUGGAGCUCAACAUGAUUGAAAUCUUCCCUCCUCAUUUUGAUCCUAAGAAGAAGCAUCCUUUGCUUGUGCACGUCUAUGGUGGCCCUGGAUCAACGACUGUCGAGAAAGACUUCUCUGUGGAUUUCCAAGAUAUUGUGAGUGCUAAAUUGGGUGCAGUGGUGUUGAUAAUUGACCCUCGUGGAACAGGAAGCGACGACUGGAAGCUAAAAUCAUGGGCACAUGAGAAAAUAGGGUACUGGGAACCCGAGGAUAUCAUAGCUGUCACAAAAGACUACAUCUCGAAGAACAGCUACAUCAACGAUAAGCGCACGGCGGUUUGGGGCUGGUCAUAUGGAGGAUUUACUACACUCAAAACUUUAGAAAAGGACAAGGGAGAAGUGUUCAAAUAUGGUAUGGCGGUGGCGCCUGUGACGAACUGGCUCUUCUAUGACUCGAUCUACACUGAACGGUACAUGAAAGAUCCAAAGAAGAACGAGAACUACAAGGUGACUUCAAAAAUCAAUGAUUUCGAGAACUUCAAGAGUGUUUCCCGUUUCUUGGUGAUGUCAGGAACCGCAGACGACAAUGUUCAUUUCCAAAACAUCCUCUGGCUCAUGGAUAACUUAAAUAUGCAUGGAGUCGAAAACUACGAUAUGCAAAUCUUCCCCGAUAGUGACCAUUCCAUCUUUUACCACAACGCAAAUGUCAUUAUCUACGACAAGCUCAUGAACUGGCUAGACAUGGCUUACAGAGGUCUCUGGGAUUAA